AUCCAUUCUUAUUACGGGGCGCUGAAACCUGCACCAGUGCACUGAAUCGGAAUCCGAUAGCAUCAUCCGCUAGCUGCGAACCUCCCCAAGUGCCCGUCUUUGUAUGAACCCUGGACCCUUAAGGUUCUCACCGGCCGCCUCGUUCCGCUCGCCCUCCUCCCUUCGCCUCCUUCUCUCGCUUGCCUUCCCCGCAUCCUCCCCUCCCCUCCCCCCGGCUUUCAUUUCUUGCCUGUGGCUUUUCGCUCAGCGAGUCGCGGAUCGAGAUAUCUCGCACAGGAGGACCUGCCCUGAACAUCCGAGUCGUCAGUCUCCGGUCGCCUUUUGGCCCUCGGGAACAAGCACAUGCAGGCUGGUCCAUUCCUGCGCCGCCGCCUCUUUCCUUCCUCGGCCAACGCGAUCCAAUUUGCGUCGCAAAGACUGUUCCAUCCUGGACGUGCACAGAUCUCCCUACGGUGCUCCUCUAAUUAUACCCCUUUGAUUAAGUCUCGUCCGAUCACACGGCCAUUCUCCACUUCGCCGUCACAUCGUCGCGAACCGAGUCAGGCUGCAUCGUUCUGGACGAUCACAGUCACCCUCAUCCUCCUCGGUGCAGGAUCCUGGCUCCAAAAUAAAUUCUACAACCACGGCGACGAGCCCCUCCCGGCUUCUAUCCCCCCCGAACUUCAGAAAAAUCUAGACGAACCGUUUCUUGGUGUGAUCGAAACCCUUAAGACAAUGCCGAUGGAUCUACCGCCCGGAACCGUCGGGAACCUCACAGCGGAGCAGGAAGCCAAGCUACAAGAGUUCUGGGUCCUUCUGCUGAAGGUCUGCGGUGUCAAUCUGGAUGCAAUUGAGCAGCAGCAGAGCGGCAGCGAAACCCCUUCAAGUACAUCGCAGGAGAAGGAAAAGAAGAAGUCAAAGCGCAGGUUUGGCCUGUUCCGAAGCAACGAUGGCGAGGAGGAAGACACCGCGAGUGAUAAGACGAGCAAUGGGGUCACGUCCAGCCUGGCUUCCAUCAACAUCGCCGACGGAGAUGACAAGUAUGGACAGUCGAAGGAGUUCCAGCAGGCUCUCGUGGAUAUGAAGCCCGAGGAGAUCCGCCUCACGCUUUGGGAGAUGGUCAAGCACGACAACCCCGAUUCUUUGCUUCUCCGUUUCCUGCGGGCGCGUAAAUGGGACGUCAAGAAAGCCCUUGUCAUGUUUAUCUCCACGCUUCGCUGGAGACUGUUGGAUGUGAAGUUGGAUGAAGAUAUCAUGAAGAAUGGCGAACUGCAUGCUCUGAACCAAACCAAGAGCUCUGACCCGGCUGAGAAGAAGCUGGGUGAGGACUUCUUGUUCCAAAUGCGCCAGGGCAAGAGUUUCCUCCAUGGCGUUGACAAACUCGGCCGCCCGAUUUGCGUCGUCAGAGUGCGCCUGCAUCGCACGGCCGAUCAGGACGCGGAAGCCUUGGAUAGGUUCACCGUGUAUACCAUCGAGUCGGCCCGGAUGAUGCUUGCACCUCCGGUCGAAACAGCCUGUAUUGUUUUUGAUAUGACCGACUUCUCUCUGGCAAACAUGGACUACCACCCCGUCAAGUACAUGAUCAAAUGCUUCGAAGCCAACUACCCGGAAUGCCUGGGAGUUGUUCUUAUCCACAAGGCCCCUUGGAUCUUCUCAGGAAUAUGGAAUAUCAUCAAGGGCUGGCUUGACCCUGUCGUCGCCUCCAAGAUCCAGUUUACCAAGAACGUCCAGGACCUGGAGAAGUUCAUUCCCAAAGACCGCAUCAUGAAAGAACUGGACGGUGACGAGAACUGGGCUUACAAAUACAUCGAGGCGCAGCCCGAUGAGAACAAGCCCAUGGAGGAUACAGCCAAGCGAGACGAACUGCUGGCUGAACGGCGGCAGCUCUCUGAAGAGAUCCAGGGCCUCACCAUCGAGUGGAUCUCUUCCGCCAUGAAGAAAGACGACGGGGCCAUCAAGGCCGUAGUGAACAAGAGAAAUGAGCUCAUCGAGCGCUUGAGAGUCCAGUACUGGGAGCUUGACCCCUACGUCCGAGCCACCUCCUUGUACGACAGACUGGAUGUCAUCCAAGGAGGAGGUAAGAUCGAGUUCUAUCCCACCGCGAGCAAGGUCGAAGGAAACGCGCUCAGCGAUGAGAAGGCGGAAUGAUCUGCCCUGCCCAUGAUGUUAUAUAGCGUGUUAGAGAGUGUUGUUGAUAGAGGUUUGGUGUGUCAUAAUAGGAUUGCACUGUGGCAUGUAAAUAGCUUCUUGUCUAGAUGGGCAUGGAUUGUUUCCUUUUUUUUUAUAGGCCGUUAGACUGGAAUAUACGGUUGUGGGCUUGAUUGUACUUGGGCAUGCACUGCUGCCAGCUUGGCUGACCCUGCGUGACAUGAGAUGAGAUACAGGCCAGCACUUUGACCGGUGUAAAGCAGCUCAAGGGUAGGUAGGGAAUUGACAAUCCGAGGGAACAUUUUAGAUAUUUAC